UCCUAAUUGGUACGAAGCUACAGCUCAGCUCUAGACACUUCUCUCCUCCCUCCUCUCUCUCUCCCUCCUCUUUCUCUCCUCCCUGUCUCAGUUUGUUCAGAUGGAGCUGAAGGACAACACUGAAAAGAGCCACAGAUUCCACGAGACUGAUUCGCAAAUCACGUCGGAGGACCUAUGGUUGUCGUGGCAACAGAACGAAGUGUUUCAUUGGACCAGUGCUGAAGUGGUUCACUGGCUGACGGUGUAUGUGGAGCUGCCUCAGUACGGAGACGUGUUCUACAAGUUGAAUGUCACCGGGAGACAUCUGCCGAGACUGGCGAACAACACAAGAGGUAUGCUGCAGUCUCUACUAGGGGUCACCGACAGCCAACACAAGCAGAAACUAAGACUGAGAGCAAUGGACCUGGUCCUCUUUGGCCCACCCAAUGGCAAAUAUUCACUGUGGAAGGAUGUCGUCGUGGCGUUGUCGGUGUCGCUGUGUGUGGUGGGUGUGGCUUAUGCCCUGCGACAGAGACGGGUUACCCAGCAGCGCAUCGACACAUUUCUCGAGUCGUUCAGAGAGAAAGAGAGAGAACUUCGAGCACUACAUGAGAAGUUGGAGGAGCAGAAAGAAGGCUGUGAUGAGACAGAUGGAGGACGAAGAGGGAGAGAGGAGACAGGGGGAGAAGAGGGGGACAGCUCACCUGCCAAGUCGUUCCCUGGCUCCUCCCCUUCCCCGGAGAGUGAGGCCUCUCUCCCUCCUUUCUCACGGAACUCAAGUGCCUCAACCUCUUUCGACGGGUCGCUAGCACGAGCCCAGGAAGAGAUUGUUUUGUUGAGAAGAGAAUUGAAUGAUUUGGGCUCCCAGCUGGCCUCCAACACCCUAUCACGCUCCCUACUACAGAGUCUUCUGCAGGACUCCUGUCGUUAUGAGAGAGAGCAUGUGGAGAAGAGGAGACGAGAGGCCCAGGACGAAAUAACUCGGGCUCAGAGAGUGUGUGACAAGAUCAAGAAGCGUCGAACGUCUCUGUUUGGGACAUUCCAUUUGGCCAACUCCUCAGCUCUCGAGGAAGCUGGACUCCAGAUAACCAGAGCUGUUAACAACAUGCAGAAGGUGUCUGAGAGUUUCGAGGAAUACCACCAGAGAUGGCGACGAAUCGAGCAGGUCUGCAACUUUCCCCAUCAUCUCUGCGUCGGGUGGCCUCGCCGUGACGGACUCCCCUCCCCUCUCAUUCUCAAUCCCUCGAGACACCUCCAGCCACUCCCUCAAGAGCCUCGUGCGGCGGAACUCCAUCGAAGGAGUCCUCUCGCCCCGCGACAGCUUCUCUCGUCACUCGGAAGGCUACGGAGCUCCGAGACUAACUCUUUCUCUUUCGGAGACAGUCCCAGUGCGUCACUCCGGAGAGGGCGGUAUUGUACCACUGGCGGUGGUGGGUCACUGGAGAGGGACUGUGCGCAUUCAGCUAGCAGCUCAGCCAUAUACAACCAUCAGGGUUCGUGCCCUGCGUUUAGUUCCAACCUGCCCCGUGGCCGCACCCACACACUUCCACCCACCUCUUCACUCCCGAGAAAUUUCACAGUGUCCGGGCGAUUGGUGUCGCGGCAUGACAGUUACAAUGCAGCUGUCGAGGGAGAGAAUAGUUGCCCGGGCGAUGUUCUCGCUAAUGACAGGGGCAUGAGGAAGAGAAUGAGUGAGUCGGGGAUAGAGAAGACGGCCACAAGGAGAGGCUCAAGAGAUGGAGGAGGGAGGAGAGGGAGCAUAAAGAGACAGUCGGCUGUAGGACUAAGUGCCGUCCACGAAGAAGAGAUGUUUGGUUCGAGUGACUCAAAGGAGGGGGCGGGGCCUGUUGCCAUAUCAACCACCGGUGGAGUAAGGGGUGGGGUGACAGGCACGUCAGCUCACUCUACUGUUUGAUAUGAGGUUUGGUCGUAAUACCAUGAGUUUUGUGUUUCCAGUCUGAUGUAUUUUAAAUUUGUGUUCGAUCACGUUAAAUUUCACAUUAAAUUAUUGCAUCAUCGCAGUUUAAGUGCAUGCGGAAGUCAAAAUGCUUGCACAUUGUCAAUAAAUAAAUAUACAC